AUGCUGCUUGUCAAGAAUGAAAUAAAAAUUGGCAAAAAACCAGCGUCUUUUAUAACCGAAGGUGUCGAGAAUUAUUAUGUUCAACGCGUUUUGCAACGGAAAGUGACUUUUCGAAGGGAAGCGUUGAAAAACGACGCGAACUUUGUCAUUACUAAAUCCAACAAUUUUGGAGAAGAGCAACUCACACCGCAUUCAGAUAUUAUAAUAACUUUUGAUAGUGAAGAAAAUUUUAAGACUUUGUGUUGUAAAUUUAAUAAACGAAAUAUUCAUUGGAUGAAAGAAACAAAUGGUGAACUGCAAUGGCAAAAAUCGCACGGCUCUUUGAGGAAGCUCCGCAAUAUCGUUACAUACUUUAUGCAAGAUUUUGAAGUAGAUUAUAUUGAGCCGUCCCCGGUAGAGCUGCUAGUAGCAGAACCUGGAAUGGGAAAAUCUACGAUUUUCUCAUUCAUGGCAAAUAAAAUGAAACAGAAAAAUCCCACCUCCUGGGUAUCAAAUGUGUGCCUCCAUGAUCAUUCGGGAGUUUUUUCUGAAUGGCCAGUAGAAAAAAGAAUUGACGACCGGCAAAUUAUAGGUUUUCUGUUUGAUACAUUGAAAAAUGCUCAACCAAGUAUAUCCAACCAGAAAGGAAACAAUUUGGUUGGGCCGGCUUUGCUAGAAAGAGAAAUAUUCUAUCAUUUAUAUGAGGCGAAACAGAUCAUAAUAUUUCUUGACGGGUACGAUGAAAUCAGUCCCAACUACGAAAAACAAGUGUUGACCUUAGUUAAUAUGUUAAAGGAAAAGAAAAUAAAAAGUUUGUGGAUCUCAACUCGUCCGAAUCUCCAAACUAAAUUGGAAGAAGAUUUGAACGUUUUUUCUUUAAAAUUGAAACCAUUUGAAACAGAAGAUCAAAAAAAAUUUCUAAAAACUUACUGGAAAGUCAAUAUCAAAAACGAGUUGAGUGACAAACGUUUGGUUGAAUUCUGUUCUAGAAUUUUAUCACAAUUUUCACACACAAUUGGUGAUCAGCCAUCACAAUUUUGUGGAAUUCCACUACAGCUACGAAUGAUUGCUGCAAUAUUCACUAAGAGAUGUGAAGAAUGUUGUAAUUCAUGUUGUUUUGAAACAGUUGAAAACAUGAUGGGCAAUAACGAAACCACAAUGGCUUUGAUCGAUCUAUACGAUGAAUUCUUUAGAAUCAAAUUCGAAGUUGUACAAUACCAAGAAAAGAACCGCAUGGAUCUCGAGUCGAUAUACGUGAAGCAAAUAGUGAAAGAUCAAGCUCCUGGUGUAUUACAAACUCAUCGAAUAUUGGCAGUUUUUACAUUGUUACAUGAAGAAAUGCGAGAAAAGUUUCUCUCGACGGACGAAAUCUUGCAAGGUAAUAAGUUAUUGGAAACGGUCUCUGACUCACGUGAAAAGACCGGAAUCGUCUAUCGAAUAGUGAAUGGUAAACCAAUUUUUGUUCACCAAACAUUUGCUGAAUAUUUUUUCAUCAAUUAUUUUUGGCAAAAGCUGAUUACGUGUGAAUUUGAUCUGGAAGCCAUAGUUUAUUACCUAAUAUGCAACAAUGCAGUUCAAGUUUGGCGCUUUUUACUGCAAAAAGUUCACAAAGAACAAACGGUUCGCAAAAAUCCGAUGAAACCUAAAUCAUUGAUACGGUUUUGUAAAAUUGUUGUUCAAAAUUUUAUCUGGUAUUAUAAACGCUUAGCGUCAUUUGAAGAAUAUUAUCCACCCAUAUGUAGCUCUGAUAUGGCGGUAAUACUUGAAGUUGUUGACUCGUGCAUUUUUUCGGUGAAAGAACAAAACUGUAGUGCAGUUCUUCCUGAUCUAUUGCUUGAACAACGCGAAUUUCUGUUUUGUGUUUCGAUAACAAAUAAUUCAAUAAAUUUAGUGAAAUGUUUGGAGGAUGCGUUUAAGCCUUGGAACAUAAAUGCUACUUACAGAUAUCACGAUUUUAUGGAUGGUUCUGGAACUGGCGAUCGUCUUACUGCUUUACAUGUGGCUGUGAGGAACGGUCAUACAGAGUUGGUUGAACAUUUAAUCGAAGUUGGAGCGGAUGUUAAUGUCGCUUCCGAAAUGUUGUGUACACCGUUGCAUAUGGCUGUAAAGCUGUACAGGGGAGCUGUACACCACAAACACGUGAAAAUUAUCGAACUGUUGGUGAAAAAUGGGGCGAUUGUUGAUAAUGCUGACUCGAACAGAGAAACCGCACUGAUGUUGUCAUUGAAAAACAAAUUAUAUGAAGCAGCGAAUUAUUUGAUAAUCCUUAGUAACAAUAUUAACAGUACUGAUUCAGGAGGAUUAACAGCAUUACAUUGGGCUGCAAAAGUGGGCCAUGCAGAAACAAUUGAAAAACUGGUGGCAGCAGAUGCAAAAGUAGACGCUACUACUAAGAACGGGGACACAGCAUUAAUGGUUGCUUCCAAAUUUGGGCACAGUGAUGCGGUAGAUGCUUUACUAGAACGAUAUAAUAAUAUAAAUGCUACAAACUCAGAAGGAUGGACGGCACUACAUUACGCUGCAGUAAAAGGUAAAAUUGAAAUAAUCGAAAAACUCUUAAAAGCAGGAGCAAAAGUGCACGUUACUACUAAGAACGGGGACACAGCAUUAAUGGUUGCUUCCAAAUUUGGGCACAGUGAUGCGGUAGAUGCUUUACUAGAACGAUAUAAUAAUAUAAAUGCUACAAACUCAGAAGGAUGGACGGCACUACAUUGCGCUGCAGUAAAAGGUAAAAUUGAAAUAAUCGAAAAACUCUUAAAAGCAGGAGCAAAAGUGCACGUUACUACUAAGAACGGGGACACAGCAUUAAUGGUUGCUUCCAAAUUUGGGCACAGUGAUGCGGUAGAUGCUUUACUAGAACGAUAUAAUAAUAUAAAUGCUACAAACUCAGAAGGAUGGACGGCACUACAUUGCGCUGCAGUAAAAGGUAAAAUUGAAAUAAUCGAAAAACUCUUAAAAGCAGGAGCAAAAGUGCACGUUACUACUAAGAACGGGGACACAGCAUUAAUGGUUGCUUCCAAAUUUGGGCACAGUGAUGCGGUAGAUGCUUUACUAGAACGAUAUAAUAAUAUAAAUGCUACAAACUCAGAAGGAUGGACGGCACUACAUUGCGCUGCAGUAAAAGGUAAAAUUGAAAUAAUCGAAAAACUCUUAAAAGCAGGAGCAAAAGUGCACGUUACUACUAAGAACGGGGACACAGCAUUAAUGGUUGCUUCCAAAUUUGGGCACAGUGAUGCGGUAGAUGCUUUACUAGAACGAUAUAAUAAUAUAAAUGCUACAAACUCAGAAGGAUGGACGGCACUACAUUACGCUGCAGUAAAAGGUAAAAUUGAAAUAAUCGAAAAACUCUUAAAAGCAGGAGCAAAAGUGCACGUUACUACUAAGAACGGUAACGCAGCGGUAUUGACUGCUUCCGAAUUUUUGUAUCGUAAAGUGGCAGAUGUUACGCUGGAGCGAGUCAGAAGUAUUUAUGCUACAAACUUCACAAAAUGGACGGCACUACAUUGUGCUGCAAAAGGAGGAGAAGUAGAAAUAAUCAAAACACUGUUGACAGCAGGAGCUUAUGUGGACGCUACUACUGAGAUAGGGAACACAGCAUUAAUGAUUGCUUCCGAUUUUGGGCAUAGUGAUGCGGUAGCUGCUUUGUUAGAACGAGACAAAAAAAUUGAUGCUGCAAACUUAACAAAAUGGACGGCAUUACAUUAUGCUGCUCGAGAAGGAAAUGUCAACAUAAUCGAAAAACUGUUAGCAGCAGGCGCAAAAGUGGACGUUACUACUGAAAACGGGGACACAGCAUUAAUGGUUGCUUCCGGAUUUGGACGUUUUAAUGCUGUAGUUACUUUGCUAAAACGAGACAAAAAUAUUAAUGCUGCAAACUCGAAAGGAUGGACGGCAUUACAUUAUGCUGCAAAAGGAGGGAAUGUUGAAACUAUCAAUAAACUGUUAGAAGCAGAAGCUAAUGUGUACGUAACUACUGCGAACGGGGACACAGCAUUAAUGGUUGCUGCUGGAUUUGGGCGUUGUGAUGCGGUAGUUAGUUUGCUAAAACGAGCUAAAAAUAUUAAUGCUGCAAACUUAACAAAAUGGACAGCUUUACAUUAUGCUGCACGGGAAGGAAAUGUAAACAUUAUCGAAAAACUUCGUAGUGAAGCGGUAAUUGCUUUGUUAGAACGAGGCAAAAAUAUUAAUGCUGCAAACUCAAAUGGAUGGACGGCAUUACAUUAUGCUGCACAAGAAGGAAAUGGUAACAUAAUCGAAAAACUGCUAACAGCAGGAGCAAAAGUUGACGUAACUACUAAGAACGGGAACACAGCAUUAAUGGUUGCUUCUAGAUUUGGCUGUAGUGAUGCGGUUCAUGCUUUGUUAAAACGAGGCAAAAAUAUUAAUGCUGCAAACUCAAAAGGAUGGACGGCAUUACAUUUUGCUGCAGUAGAAGGAAAAUUUGAAGUAAUCAAAAAACUGUUAACAGCAGGAGCAUAUGUGGACGUUACUACUAAAAACGGGGACACAGCAUUAAUGGUUGCUUCCGAAUUUUUGCAUAGUGAUGCGGUUGAUGCUUUGCUGGAACGAGACAAAAAUAUUGAUGCUGCAAACUCAAAAGGAUGGACGGCCUUACAUUAUGCUGCGAAAGCAGGAAAAGAAGUGGUCCGAGUCGAUGUUAGAGUCCAUUGUGUUUUGACGUCGAUAAUGUCUGAGAAGUGUCGACCAUCUAACAAAACGUGGUCGAUUAUGCUGAUGUUAACGAAUCGGCUUUUGAUUCUCAACCUGCACGUUCUGGGGUUAACCGGCCUCCACCCGAUAACCCGCUUCUGCAUCUCACCCAAAUGCCGAGCUCAUGUGUGUCACCACAACUCUGGUAAAUGGUGUGUCCAUCCCAAAACGUACGCACCGUCGUCCCUUUCCAGCAUACCUCCUGCAGUGCUAUGAGGUUUGAGUGGUGUUAUAAAACAUAUAAAAAGCCGCAGAAGAAAGUACAUAGAAAAAAGCCAAAGAAGAACACUUAGAAGUUAAAAGAAGGAGAAACGGGAGUUACGUAAAGCAAGCAACAGGACCUCGUAAUUCUACCCUGAAACCAACGUCUAAGUACACCACAAACCUCGCCGCCAUCACCAUUCGCUUCGGAUUUUCCGUCACCAGCCACCUGGAAUCUUCAACUACCAGCAGUUUGGAUUUAUAACCCGGUCGAUCUCGCUCAGCCGCGACCAUUCGGCGACCAACCGUACCGCGUACCGCUGUUCCGACAAGAAAGGGGUCUGGAAAACACAUCGAAGCUCAUGAUAACUGGUAAUGCUACAGUAUGCGGUGCGGUGUACGCAGCCAGAACUACAUAUCGCAACGAGGGCCGGCGUCAUAUUAUUGUCCCGAGUGGGUAGUAUCAAAUAUACGUAACGUAAGUUUCAUGGGUGAAAAAGGCGUAGCCUUCAAACAAUAUCGCACAAUAUUAUUUAUAAUCAAUUCCUCAUCAGUUUUUGCGACAAAAUUGAUGGAUUAGAUGUUAGGUUUACAUAGAAAUCCUCGAUGGGACACAACUUGGAGACGUUGGGCGGGUUCGUUAACUUGGGAACCACAUAGAUUCUCAGCCGCUCCAUCUUCUCCAACGAUUGCUUCGAGUAGUGGGCCGACGCCAGAUCCGAACAAAGCUCCGCGUCUUCGCCCUUAUGAUAUUUCUUGAUGAAUGACGCAGCCUCCGGCAGGCACUUCGUACUUUAAAUUUCCUCGUUCACGGCCAAUACGAAGCGAAAGAUGAGCGGCAUUGACAUCCCCUUCUCGUUGAUUGUCAGUCACAGCAGCACCUUCUUGGGAAAAUUGGUAAGUGAAAUGAACUUCACCUAAGAGUUCACUUCCUUCGUGGGAAAAAUAGAAUACGAAGUGCCCUGCCAGUCGUUGCCAUUCGGGAUGAAAUAGGUCUCAACAUCCAUCACCUCCGCCACGUCGCGAUUUGCGGGGAAAAUCGACUUGAGCAUCUUAUUUAACCGCUGCCACUGUGUCAUUGCAUACUGCUCAAAGACCAGGAGAUGGGCCUGCCGCUUCCUGAUAUGUAUGUCCAUGUUCGCCAGGUACUUUUUCAAUGUUUGGCCGGUACGCAGCGAUCUAGUCACUAUUCCCUCGGUCUUUUACUUUAGCAUUCUUUGGAGCUUCCCGUCGCUCAGGGUCGUCGGCCGUCCGGGUUUUCUUCCUUUCUGUUUUCAAAAAGGAAUGAAUGAAAGUAUCUAUCAGGUAUGAUUGAAAAUUGUAAUCAUUAAAUAUGUUCACGUGGAUUUCAGAAAAGUAGCGUUUUUUUCAUGCAUGACUUUGUACGCGUUACGUAUACUACGCGUAAAAAGUCACGUAGCUGAGCCGAUUCUAAACAAUUGCAGUUUUUAACAGUUUUCAAUUCGGCACAAAUCAGAAUAACCACUAAUUUCGUUACAACAAGCCUGGUGUCGAAUAAUCAGAGAAAACAAAAAAAUUCUACAACAAUUAAAAAAUAAUUCUUUUACCCGAUCAGAAGAGCAUAACUAAAAUAUUACAAAAUUCUAUCAACAGGAGAUGCAAAUAACAUAUUUUAAUACGAUUUAGUAUUUUUCCAUUUUCUUUGGAUAACAAAGUUGAAUCUGAAUGAGUUAUAAUAAUGAAUCAUGAAAUAGAGGUGUUGAUUAUACUGUUCUAUGUGCUAUCGCAUUUUGUUAGAAAGCUGAUACGUUAGUAACAAAGAUUGAUAUGGGUUGGAUAUUAGUAGAAUAUUUUUUGUUGAUUUCUGUUAUUUUAACACCUAACGGGAUCAAAAUUAUAACACAACUUGAUAGGUUUUUCACAUAACAAACUAACAGCCUCUGUUACAUUUUUGUUUUGUCUUUCUGAUCGGGUAACUCGCUCAACGAUAUCCAUCUAAAAAUUUGUCGACGGCAAGUUUCGCACAAAGAGCACAUUACAUUUUUUUUUGGUUUUGUUCGAUAGUUCCGUGUGGGUAAGUACCCAUAGGGAUAUUUUCCGAGUGGGUACUACUACCAACUCGCAACGCUCUGUUUGCUCGCUCCGGUUACUUGAAUGAAAUGAGCUAUUGAUUUCCGCACAUUCUCUUUAUAUGGCAAAGCAGCAACCAGCCUGAAGCGAGCUAAGGGGAAGUGAGCUUCAAUUGGUUGAAAGCUUCAAAAUCUAUCGCUUUGUUCGUUUAUGAAAACUGUAAGAAAUUUUUCUAUUAAACAUAUUUUUGAGUUUGAACUUAGCUACUGCCAUUGUCAUGAACACUUGAUGAAAAAUUCCGGUUAAUAUUUGACAUUCGAGUUGUCGAAUUCUUGCCGUGUUAUUUGUUAAUGUGGGAAAUUUUUGCUGAAGUACGACCAGAAGGAAAAAUGAAAAACCAAGUGUAUAACAUAAUAACUAUUCAAAAAAAGCAGCACAUUAGGUAAAUGUAGAACUUUACUAAUUACAUGGAUGGAUAUGGUUUUGUUCAUAUCUCUUAAGCCUAUAUACAAUCAAUUAAAUAGCAUCAACAGUCAAAAUAACUAGUCAGAUAGCUUGCAUGCGUUGAGAAAUAAACGCCAUAAAGGUUAGAUAUUAA